GUACCCCUUCUGCCCAGGUAUAUUUCUUUUCCAGCUUGUUGUCUUAUCUUUUUUAUUCCAAAGGCAAUUUACAUGAAUAUGCAUGUCGCUCACACCAUAUUCCUACAUUGCAGGCUCUUACUGAGGAUGAUCCUCUGCAUAUAAUUUUGGAUGAGUUAGGACCCCCUGGAAAACAGUUGAGUUACAGUAUGAACGCUACAAUUUGUUUGAGCCUCACUAACAGAUGGGAUCAUAGUAAAGUAUUGAGGAGUGAAUCUAUUGAAAUGUUAAUGGCCCAGAGAUUACCAGCAGAAGAGAAAUCUACAAAAGAACAACUAAAAGCUCUAUAUGUCAAACUCUUGUCUUUGGAUGUCAAAUUUAUGGAGGAAAGAUCCCUCGUUGGUGUUCUCAAAAUAGCAAAGUCUAAAGCUGCUCCCGCUGAAGACGAAACAAGCGAAGCAAUACACAGAAGAGAAAAAGCAUCCAAACUUGCCGAUUGUAUUUUACACACGUACAAACACAAUCGAGAAGAAAGCGAUAAGCUUAUAAAAGAUCCUGAUUUCUUACAGGAAGUGAAACAGGAAGUUCAGCAUAAAGUGCUGAAAUAUUUCCAACUGAAGCCCAAAGUCAACAGUCUUAGAAAUGUUUAUGAGACUUUACUCAAGCAAGAGGCGUAUCUGAAGGAUCAACUAAGCGUCUACAAAGAAUAUUUGGUUGCAGUGAGAGCAAAAGCAGUCAUGGGUUCAUCAAAGAGAGAUGUAAAGUAUGUCUCUGCCACAGAAACAACGCACACCACCCCUGUCAACUUCAGUUACAGUCAGCUCGAAAAGGAAGGAGUGAUGGUCGAAGGGCAUAGAUUUCCUGAUAAAAGAAAAUCUGAAUUAACAGUUACAAUAGCCUCUUCACAGCCUGGUGUCUACCAAGUGUGUCUUCGCAGUACAGGUGACACUGGUGCAAAUUGCGACGUUCAUUUAAAUUUGGAAGAAUUGUUGGAACUGCAACACAAACGAGAACCGGUUCUUCGUCUUAGCGAGUUUGUUUUGCUCGACGUGAGGCGGUUUUUGUCCCUUCUCCACAAGAAUUUCUCGUCAACGUGAGUGUUUUUACGUGCAAGUAAACAUUCUAUACAUGGAAGAGUUACGUUUCCUGAUUAAUUUCAGGGAGAUUAAAAAUGCCCUGUUGUCACAUGCGCUCGGCGACGACUUUGAAAAUUGCAUUUGGAAAGGUGAUAGACACUGUGACUCGCAAAUGUUAUAGAUGAUGUUUUUAAUUUAUAAGUCUGUAUGUUCGCCUGUGCCACUAUCCGGCAAAUGAAUGAUUUUCACUGAUUUCUCAGCCGUGUAACUGGAUAGUAACAUUUUAACGGAGGAAAUAUUUUUUGUUGCACAUCCCACCGCCUCAGAGAUGUUAUUUUUGUUAAAGGCUGUGGUAUUUACAUACGAUAUUAACACCUUGCUUGCAUGGGAAAUUUUUCUAUUACAUUCAAUAAAAAAUACAUAUUUGCUCUAC